GCGGGUGGUUCAAAUCGGUGAAAGUCGUAAAGGAGUUGCAACAUUGGAUUAUAGCUGGACGCCAUGAAAACUGGAUAUGGAUUAAAUACUGGUGAUGCUCUUGGAUACUCGUUAAAGCCAUACUCGUCUUUGCCAUACAGUGGAAUAGGCAUCAAGGGCUAUAAUUCAUUAACAAGUGGUUUGAAGCCUUCAAAGUUUACGGAUAAGGAACACCUUCUAGGAAGAGUAAAGAAAUCUAAAUCGAGAAGGCUUUCCGGAGCAGAUAAAAUCGAUACUCCAUUGUACAAAAAGAAAACAUUCGAUUUUACCGAUUACGCCUACCACGAAGCAGUGAAUCGACUCAAGUUUCUUUUGACUGAGGCUUACGAACCUAGCAAAGUAGCAACAUCUAUUUACUAUCGUGGAGUCGAUGAUGCCAAAUCGGAAGCCUCGGAACAAUCAACCGUUGAGAGGCCUGCCAUCACUGAGGUAUCAAAGUACUUCAGUCCUGGUACAGUAUCACGAUACGGCUCCGGAGUGACCCGCGCUAGAAGAUUUAGUUAUUUGAAUAAAGAUGUAGGAUCUACUCUAAAGCCAACCACUUCGAUGGCCAGCUUGCAACCGGCGCCAUCAGUUUGCAGCGUUUCGCAGAAUCUUGAAGUGACACAACCACCUCCAGAACUACUCGGGUUUAUCGAGAAACAAGAAAAUUACAUUGAACAGCUAGAGAAAGAAUCUCAAUAUUGUAGGGAGGAACUUUCGACUUUGCUGAAGAAAGUUAAGGAUGUCGUUUCGGAGAAUGAAGCCCUUACCGAUCGGGCUCGCACAAAAGCACUAUAUCAGUUGGAUUCCUCCGAGAGCGAAGAUUUAGACCCAGAUCGGUUACGGACGAAUAGACAACUGUCCGGUCCGAAUAUUGUGUUUGAGUCCCGAAUCAGUGAACUGGAAGCCCAGCUGGCGCAAUCGCAGAUCGAUUUGAAGAAAUUGUUCAACGAAAAUGAAGAAAAUAAACGCAAACUGGUACACGGCUCAAGUGAUGCUGGUUGCGCGGACAUUUAUCGGAAACAAGUGGAAAAUUUGCAAAGGGAUAAACAAAGUUUGGAAGAAACCGUCCGUAAGCUCCAGUUGACAAUUGACCAGCUAAAGGAUUCCGAGGCUAACAACUUUAACAAGUCGCAGAGAAGUCGUGAUAUGAUUGAACACGUUGCAUUUGAGCGGAAUCAGGCAGAAAUUGAAAUACGUCGAUUAAAGGAUGAAUUGGAACGUCAACAUGAGCGAGUUCGGGAGAUUCAGCACGAAAUGACAAAGCGAAUUGGAGAGGAACGGUCUAAUGCCGAAAGACGUUAUACUUUUCAGGUAGAUCAACUGGGCGGAGAUUUGAGCAGCCAGUGGGAACAAGCUACUAAACUUCAACUAGAAUUGGAACGCAUGAAGCGCAUCGAGUCGGACUACAAGCGGGAAAUUAGCCAGAAAAACUCGCAACUCGAUGAACUGAAACUGGAACUAAAGAACAAAAUGGCAAUCUUCAUGUCUGAUUUGAAUCAGGCUAGUGCGGAGAAACAAUCUUUAGAACAGGAGAUCACAUCGUUGAGAUUGCAGCUAGAACGAACGGAGCGUCAGUCCAAAGUGGAGGUUUCUCGCUUGAAUGCCGAAAUCACCUCACUACGGCAGCGGUUGGAUCGUGCUGAUUCUGAUCUACUUCACUCCAAACGUGAGAACUUGAAGCUUGCUGAUGAAGUUGCUUCUUUGGAGAAAGAGCUAACAUUAGGCGAAUUGAACAAGGAAACUAGGCCGUCCAAAGAGCUGGCGAAAAUUAUUUCUGACAUGGAAGGCAAGCAUGCCGCCACCGUGUCAGAGCUCGAGGGCAUGGUUCAAGAUCAAAAACAGCUCAUGGAAAAACUAACUGCAGAAUGCAAAAGCUUGACGCAUAAGUUAGAGGACACAACACUAAAACAUAAAGAAGAAAAAAAGGAUUUGAGACAAACUAACAACGAGCUGAUGGAACGUUUGAAGCAAGUCUGGAUAAAUUAUAAAGAAAUAAGUCCAGCUUUCCGGAAAAAGGAAUGCAAUACUGUGCAGCUUGAGUUGGACUCCAGCAUUUCUUCAGUAUCCCAUCAUAAUUCGGAGCAGGACCCCCCGAAGUCGCAUCACGACCAGGCAGUAACACCAAAUAUCAACCGCUUCGGUCGAUGCAACCAGUCGCGCCAUCACCACCUGGCAAAAUCUCCCGACCUGAGUCACGAACAUCCGAUCGCAAAAAUGUCAACGGCAGACAAAAGUCGGAACUCUCUCGAACUAGCUCCGUUAAUGACUACAAUGAACCCAAAAGCAGUAAGUACGUCGAGGAGAAACGAAGUGAGUCCCGCCUAUCACGGGCAUCGAUCCCCAACGAAGAGGGUUCAACCAAGAUGCCUGGAAAGGAGCCGGAGUUUGGACGUGCUGACACAGAACGAUUGUCCCGGAACAGCGGUAGUGUCCCCGUUAAACAAGACAGCACCGGAAGCACUGGCAGACUUUCACGUGAAUCAAUCGUCAGUGGCGAUCGCACGUCCAGACAAUCUACCAGACAACCACAACCUGCUGCGUAUAACGAAUCGGACAUACCCAGCGAUUAUGUAUCAGAGCGUACAGAAUCCAUGGAACAGUACCAACCAACCUCAGCAGACCAAUUUUCGUCACAAUCGAGAGAUCGGGAUCAAUCCUAUCAGCAAGUCACACAGCAGUACCAACCAUCAGGAGAAACCUAUGACGAAAAUUCCGAAUAUAAUGCAUCCCAGUAUGACCCCACACAGCAAUAUGAACAGAGUCAAUACGACGGAUAUGCCGGAGACCAACAGUAUUUGUCGGAAGCGUAUGACCAGCAAGCCUACGAUCAGCAACAGUACCAAAAUUAUCAGCAAUCAUAUGAUGCACAGCCAUACGCCGCUGAGCAAGUAUAUGAUGAACCAAGGUACCCAACCGGAAACACUCAGUCCCCAACACAACCGCCAGCACCAACGCCAACAGCCGCACCAGUCCCAUCGGAACCAACGGAAGGCAAUCGAAAUGUGGGGUACACUCGUUCCCGAGGACCAACAGCUUCCUCCGCACAGCCAGGUGGACCUCCAACUGGAUCGAAACAAGUUGGACAACCCAAACAACCCGCAAACAAGUAAUAGUUACUGUUGCAACAGUCUGCCACGUCAGUUGCCACAAGGUUACCAUUUCCAGCCGAUUGAGUCUUAUCCUAGCCUCAGCAUAAGUAGCCCUAGUCUAUUUGAUACCAGUUCUGAUGAUAGUAUGACGCCGUCACCGACAACAACUGUGCUUCAAAACUACAACAGCGCAAGCCCUAAUAAUCUACAAUAGUACACCGCUAUGAAAAUUGUUUAUAAACAAGCUUAAAGAAUGGUACGGUAUAUCAUGCCACAUGCAAAUAUUAUGUUGAAUAUGUUCUAAAACAUCUAAGAAAAUAAACGAGUUUCUAUUCAUCAAA